AUGGAGGAGCUGGAUGGGACAAACUUUGAGCUAGAUAGCUUAUUGAAAUUCAACAUUCGUAGUGCUGCAUCUCCUUACUACAUAACCUUGGUUGCGUGCCUUCCAUCUAGCGGUUUGCAGCAGAUCUUUCAAGUUCUCGUAGAGGAAGAACGUCUUGGCAUUUUAGAUUUGACAUGCCCCAUCUCUAGACCUCAAGGGACCGAGAGUUCAAGGAAGGAGUCAACUUCUUUCUUACGUCCACAUUCCGAGCCAGUGUUCUCUACUUACCAAGACAGAUUGGAUGAUUGGCCCUCGUCAAUAAUUCCAUGGCCCUCCGCUUUCAGUGACACAAAACGUUUUUACGUGUUGAAUGAAUCUGAGUUGCGAUGCAGUGAUUGGAUUUCUUUGUACGUGGAACUUGCAAUUUGUACUUCCCAUAGACGUAUUAGAGCUAGAGAUCUCUCCAAGUUUGAGUUAGAGAUUGUUCAAGUAGCCAUAGAAUCUCUUGAUGAUAAGGAGCCCCCAAGUCUCAAGUCUAAAGCUGUUGUCAUUUACAUAACUUAUAAAGACUUGGUCAAGUCUCUUCGGAUUGGUGAGCCUUGUCUUUGCAAAGCUGUUGUUAGACGAGUCGUCAAUGAGACUAAGGGAAUAUUGAGUAUCCAAGGUGAUUGCUGGAAUGAAGAUGAAACGGGUUCGGCUUCUGAGAUUCCUUCUAAAAAGUAUACUAAGGGCCUGACUGGUUCAAACGCAGCGGUUGCAGUUGCGGCUGCGGGCGUUUGCGGAUGCGUGUGGUUGCGGUUUCUAGCGGUUUUAAGAGAUUUGUACGACUGGUUCUGCGGUUAGAAAUUGGUGCGUUUGCGGUAUACUUAUGACUGGUUAACUACCAAAUACAGCAGCAGUUAAAUAAUAAAUUAACA